AUGCCGUCUGCCCCUUCCGCACACGAGAUCUCAUGCUUGCUGCGUCCCGAGGGGGCCCACUCAUGGCCAUUGACCCUGGUACAGGGCGAUGGUCACAGGCCCAGUGGACCCCGCAUUUCAGUGACUGUCAACCACGAGAACCAGGCGCUGUGUCAAGACCUCCUACAUCGACUGCGCACUUUGAAGAAAUCGGAGGCGUACAAGACUGUUCGAGCAGAGGUUGCUCAGCUUGCCAAGUCGGAGCGGUCUACGGCCUGGCUCAACACCCUCACGUCGAUACUUCAUGCUGUUCUCACCAAGCCUGACCCUACCCCUGGCGAAACAAAGAUCUACAACACCACCGACCAAGCCGAGUGGGGCGACUACAAGUGUCAGCAUAAGCGCAGCGAUUGCGAGACCUUCGACCUCGAUGAGCCUGAAAAUCCAGACGGGGAACUUGUCAAGGACAGUCUGCUGGCGAGCCUGGCUACCGGGAAAGUCAAGGUGUUGCAGUACGCUGACCUCGCACCGUACUACCAAUCAGACCAUUCAGGGGCUACGGGGUGCGUGCCUGUCUAUGCGAUAUACACGAAGACAAGCGAGAAAGGCCUUGAUCUACAGGAAUUGAGCAACUGCCUGGAGGGGCUGGGCUGGGACGUUACUCGCCCCUCAAGUCUCAGGAAUGCAGAGAAGAUCACGAUGUCCCUACCUCGGGCCUGGCAGGAGAACGUGUGGCAAGCGGUGAGAGAGCAGAACUCCAAGAGUCGGCUUCAGAACCUGUCCAGGCGGGAAUUCUCGGUCGUCGAGGGCCUCCGAAGGGAAGGGAAGGACCCGCGACGUCGAGAGGCGUAG